AUGGAGUCAAAAUUUAUGGGGUUUCUACGAGCUUCUCAUCGCGGUCUUCACCUGAGCUUGGAUAAAGGAGAGCAAGUCUUAGAUGAUGAAGCAGAGCCAGUAGUUAUAGGAGGAAUGGUACUGGACAUAAAUGCCUCUUCUUCUAUGCCAGCAAAUCCAAGGACCACCACUCCGGGGAAGGUGCUUUAUGCGUUAGGUGGUGUAGCAAGGAAUGUUGCUGAGUGCAUGUCAAAGCUUGGUACAAAGCCUUUUAUGAUAAGUACACUUGGGCUUGACAUGGCAGGAAAUUUACUGUUGGAGCACUGGAGAUCUGCUGGGCUUUCCUUAGAAGGCAUUCAAAAGCACCAAGAUAUUGAGACAGCAGUAGUUUGCAACAUUUUUGAUGGUACAGGAGAACUGUUAGCUGCUGUUGCUAGUGUUGAAUCACUUGAAAAGUUUCUUACACCUAAGUGGAUAGAAAGAUUCCGAAGCAAUAUCUGUUCCGCUCCAGUGCUGAUGGUUGAUGCAAAUUUAAGUCCUCCAGCAUUGCUAGCAUCUUGUCGAAUGGCAACAGAAUGCGAGACUCCUGUGUGGUUCGAGCCUGUAUCAGUUGCUAAAUCCAAAAGAAUUGCUUCAAUUGCCGAAUAUAUUAGUUUUGCCUCACCUAACGAAGAUGAGCUUGUAGCUAUGGCAAAUGCUCUUUCUUGUCAAGAUAAAUAUUUACCAGUUAAAAGAGAUUGUGGCAGUACCAAGAUAUCCAUCGGAUCGCUGUUUCAAAUGCUUAAACCUGCAAUCUGGGUUUUGCUAGAGAAAGGCAUUAGAGUUGUUAUUGUGACUCUUGGAUCCGACGGGGUCUUCUUAUGCUGUAAAGCAGUGCAUGGUUUUAAGAGACGUGAUUUCAUGGGAAACAAACCUCAUUCUUUCAGCAGACAACUUUAUAGCACUGUGAAUUCAAGUUGUCCCCCCAGUAGAUUUGUUAGUUCUCUACCGUCCAAUGGAAGAUCUUUAUUCUUUGCUGUGCAUUUUCCUGCACUUCCAGCAUCAGUCGUGAGGCUUACUGGGGCUGGUGAUUGCUUAGUUGGUGGUACAAUAUCUUCUUUUUGUGCUGGUUUGGAUAUAAUGCAAAGUGUGGCAGUUGGCAUUGCAGCAGCCAAAGCGGCUGUUGAAACAGAGAACAAUGUGCCUGCAGAAUAUGUUUUGGCCAAAAUUACAGAUGAUGCAAGGGCGGUGUAUUGUGAUUCCAACAUUGUAUUCUGUGAAUCGAAGUUGUGA